CUUUUACGUCAGGCAACCUCGUCGUCACCAUACCGGGCUUGCUGAGAGCAACAACACACAACUAACUACUCACUCCUUUCACACACGGUCACGGUCACCUAAAGUACUCACUAACCUCUUGACCACCUCAUCAUCCGUCACCCACAAUCACAACACACCCCUGCCUUAUUUACCUCAUUAACUCUCGAACCCACACUCGGGCCUUCACCGCUCAACAUUCCAAAAAUUACCUUGAACGCAUUUCCCUUUCAUCAUCGCUGUUUCCAUCGACGUCCUCCAUAAUAAGCAGACGCAAGCGGUAUCAAGGAUUUUCAGAUUUUGAGUUCCCCAAGAGUCGGAAAGAAAGAGCGCAGAAAGAGAGAAAAGAUGGAUCCCUCGCGUCGCGGGGUCGUCAACGGCGCAGGGGCCGCCGCCGCCGCCGCCGCAAGUGGCAGCAGCAGCAGUAACAGCAGCAACAAACACGGCAGCAGCAGCGCCUCGGGGCCCGCACCGAAAAAGUCGAGCAGAAUGAAGGAGGUGGUCAACUACGACGAAAAGAAACAUUUGCUCGACUUGGAGGAGGACAUUACGCACCCAGUUGCGCACAGGCAGCUGAACGAGCUGGAGGAACAUGUCAACGAUCUUCAUGAGUCGUGGGAGACGGAGUCCAUUUUUGAGGAGAUUCUGGAGGACAUCACGGAGGACAAGUUUUUCACUGAUGAUCCUGAAGCUUGCACUCCGGAGGAAGCGGUCGAGUAUCGACGACUUCUUAGGCUGGUCGGACCUAAGGUGUUCGUCCAGCGAACCGUAGACGCAGGCGUCAUUCCCAUCAAGAAGCUCCUCACAGCCUUUGGCAUUCGUCCGCCCGCCUUCCUGGAAGGCGCAGGCGAUGAUGCCUACUUCAGCCUUCUCACGCUGGCCAUGACCCGCGAAAUUCAAAAGCGGGCAAAGCUGAUGAAAUACAACACCAUCGAUGACGCUGUGGAGCUGCUCAAGCGGUCCAAGAACAUCAUCGUCCUCACCGGUGCCGGCAUCUCCACCUCGCUUGGAAUUCCCGAUUUCCGCUCUAAGGGCACCGGUCUCUACUCCAAGCUCGAGCACCUCGGUCUCAGCGACCCCCAGGAGGUCUUUGACAUCAACAUUUUCCGCCAAGACCCCAACAUCUUCUACUCGGUGGCGCGCGACAUCCUGCCCAACACGGAGCGCUUCUCGCCGACACAUGCUUUCAUCGCCCUCCUCCAGCAAAAGGGAAAGCUGCUAACCAACUACUCGCAAAACAUCGACAACCUCGAAGCCAAAGCGGGAAUCCACCCGGACAAGCUCGUGCAAUGCCACGGCUCCUUCGCCACCGCCACCUGCGUAAAGUGCGGCUACAAAGUCCCCGGCGAAUCCAUCUUUCCCGAAAUCAAGGCCGGCCGCAUCCCGCGCUGCCGCAAGUGCGCCCAAGGCAGCCGCACAACCAACAACUCGUCUCGCAAGCGCAAGCUCCUCCGCGACGGCACCGAGAAGAAGCCGCGCCGCGUAAAGCCCGGCGAGUACGACAGCAAUUCCGAUUCCGAAUUCGACCACCACAACAGCAACAACAACAACAGCAACCACUUCUCUUCCGAUCCUUAUUACUCGUCCGAGCACGGCUCCAACACGAUGGGAUGCGGGGUUAUGAAGCCUGACAUCACCUUCUUCGGCGAAGCCUUGCCGGACGAGUUCUCGACGCGACUUACGGAGCACGAUCGCGACUUGGUCGACUUGGUCAUCGUCAUUGGCACUUCGCUCAAGGUCGCCCCCGUCUCCGAAGUCGUCCCCUUUUUACCACCGCACAUUCCGCAAAUCUACAUCUCGCGCACGCCCGUCUCGCACGUCAACUUUGACAUUGACCUUCUCGGCGACUGCGACGUGGUCGUCUCGGAACUGUGCAAGCGCGCCGGGUGGGACCUGCAGCAUGAGAUGAUUCCAGAGAACCAAGUGAUUCGCACGGAGCUGGCCGAGGGGUAUAAUUCCCGCCAUGUGUUUACGCAGGUGGAGCCCAAGCCGAAGCCGACGGUGGUUGCGGAGCUGACGCAUCAUUCUACCCCCAAGGAGGUGGCCAAGGAGCAGAGAGAGGCGAACCGCGAGGAACGUAGGAGGAAGAGGGAGGAGAGAGAGCGGGAAAUGAGGGAGCAGGAGGAUAUGAAGGCUGCGGCGGAACGGGUGAAGAAGUUGGAGAAACGGGCGGAGAAGGAGAGGAAGAGGGAGUUGAAGGAGAAGGAGAAGGAGAAAGAAAGGGAGGGGGCUAUGCAAGAUAAGGAGAAGGAAGGGAAGAAGGAAAGUGUUGGUAAGGUGCAGGAAAAAGGUGUUGCAAAGGAGAAGGGAAAGGGGGUGGAAAAUGGAAAGUCGGGAGAAGGAAAAGGAAGCGAGAAAGGAGUCGAUAAGUAGCGUUUCUACUGUUUUUAAGAAAGAGGAAACAUUCCAUGGUUUGGUAGGGACGGAUAGGGAAUGGUAUGGCACGGUAGGGCAUGGUUCGGAUCGGGUAUUUCAACUCAUUCAUUGUUCGAGGCGUUUUUCGUGCGGGUUAUUUCUCAUCAUAACAAGAACAACAACACCUCAAUGGUUCAGGUCAGGGUCCGGCUAGGUUCGUUAGGUAUACUACACAAAUGGAGGAACGAAAAUGAAUCGAGGUUCAAAUGAAAAGAGUGGAUUGGAUGUUUGAGUAGUAGCCUUGUAAAUUUAUUUUCAAGUCAAGUGUGUUAGAUAAAGUAUUCAAAAUAAUCUGUUAUCUGCGCGCCAG